AUGUCCGCACAAGUUACUCCCUCUAAGCAGGCUGCAUCCUCCCUAGAGAACCUCAAGAUGAACGACUCGCCUGUGAAGAAGCUAAACUUCGAAGCAGCCGGCAAGGAGAAUGCGUCCUGCCCCGCCGUCGACGUAUCAGCCACCAAGUCGAUUGCAGAGAAGCCCGAGGAAACUCCAAAGGCUGUUCCUACUGUUAAGGAACUUGAAGCCAACGAGCCCCUGCUCCAAGAGAAUCCUCAUCGUUUUGUUCUUUUCCCCAUCAAGUAUCAUGAGAUAUGGCAAAUGUACAAGAAGGCCGAGGCCUCUUUCUGGACAGCUGAAGAAAUUGAUCUCUCGAAGGAUCUGCACGACUGGAACAAUCGUCUGAAUGACGAUGAGCGCUACUUCAUCUCCCGGGUUCUUGCCUUCUUCGCUGCCUCGGAUGGUAUUGUCAAUGAAAACCUAUUGGAGCGCUUCAGCGGAGAAGUGCAGAUUCCCGAGGCCCGUUGCUUCUAUGGAUUCCAGAUUAUGAUUGAGAACAUUCACUCGGAAACCUACUCUCUUCUGAUUGAUACCUACAUCAAGGAGCCCAAGCAGCGCACCUAUCUCUUCGAUGCUAUUGAUACCAUUCCCUGCAUCCGAAAGAAGGCUGACUGGGCCAUCAAGUGGAUUCAAGAUAAGGAGUCCACCUUCGGCCAGCGCCUGAUUGCAUUCGCCGCCGUGGAGGGUAUUUUCUUCUCUGGAUCCUUUGCUUCCAUUUUCUGGCUGAAGAAGCGUGGUCUUAUGCCUGGUCUUACCUUCUCCAACGAGCUGAUCUCUCGUGACGAGGGUCUCCACACUGACUUUGCUUGUCUCCUGUUCUCUCAUCUGAACAACCGCCCGAACAAGCAGAUUGUGGAGGACGUCAUUGUCGAAGCUGUCGCCAUUGAAAAGGAGUUCUUGACUGACGCUCUUCCUUGCGCGCUCCUGGGCAUGAACUCGAAGUUGAUGUGCCAAUACAUCGAGUUCGUGGCCGACCGUCUCCUGGUUGCGCUCGGCAACCCCAAGUAUUUCAAUGCCACCAACCCCUUUGACUUCAUGGAGUCGAUCUCCCUGGCUGGUAAGACCAACUUUUUCGAGAAGCGGGUGGGUGACUACCAGAAGGCCGGUGUCAUGGCCAGCACCAAAAAGGAUGUCGCUCAGGAGGAGACCCAGUCCGGCGAUAGAGGCCUCGCCUUUGACGAGGACUUUUAG